UUUCAAACUGGUCUUUAUUGUGAUGGUCCUCGAAGCCCAUCUGGACAAGGCUGAGGAACAAGAUCUGUGAUUCAAUGCAUGGUUACCUUUGAUCCUUCCUGGCAAGUAAGCAAGAGGGAGGGAAAAAAAGAAAGAAAAUAUAAAUCCGCAGAAUAUUGACUCAGCACCUUUCACACUCCAGUCAGCCUGCAGGAAGUCACUCCUUGAGCACUAUGAAUGCAAAAGUCAGCUCUGGAGGUGAGGAAGAAUCCUCAGGAAUGAGGACUGAGGCCCUGGGGGAGAGUGGCUACUCAGGAGAGAUCAAGAGGGGACAAGUGAUCCUUGUCGCCUACCUGAUUGCAAGCCUAGAGCUGACCUUCCUCUUCAUGCAGAUGGGAGUUAUACCUUACUUGGCAAAGAGCCUAGGUUUGGAUUCAGUGGGGUUUGGUUACCUCCAGACAACCUUUGGUGUCCUUCAGCUUGUGGGAGGUCCAAUUUUCGGAAGGUUUGCAGAUCAAUUUGGCACCCGAGCUGCCUUAAUUCUCUCCUGUGCAUCUGGAAGUGCCUUCUUCCUGCUCAUGUCUGUCUCCACCAGCAUCCCCCUCCUUUUCCUCUCCAGGCUGCCAGCGAUAUUCAUGCAUGGGCUACCAGGUGCUCAGAAGGUUAUUACAGACCUGACUACUCCUUCCCAACGUGCUGAUGCUCUGGGGAAGCUGGGUCUUUGCUUUGGAAUAGGCAUCAUCAUCGGUUCUGCCCUGGGAGGUGUCCUUUCCACCAAAUUCAGCAUUUUUGUUCCUGCGUACGUUGGGCUGGUGGGAAACCUCAUGAACACCAUGAUAGCAAUGGUUUGGAUCCCUGUGCAGGCUAAACCAAAGUCAGACCAUGGUGUGAUGCAGCACAGCACAUCACAGUCUGGCAGCGUGUUUAGCAUCAGAGAAAUCCUACGCCUGAUGAAGUUUCCAGGAGUAAUGGAAAUAUUCAUAGUCAAGGUCUUUGCUGGACUUCCCAUAGGUUUGUUCAUGAUUAUGUUUUCCAUCAUCUCUAUGGAUUUCUUUGGCUUGGAAGCAGUGGAGAAUGGAUACCUGAUGUCGUAUUUUGGUGUUCUUCAAAUGGUUGUCCAGGGUCUGGUUGUUGGAAAACUUACCAACCACUGCACGGAGAGGACCCUGCUCCGGCUCAGCAUCUUUGUCUUCGCAGGCGUGGGCCUGGGCAUGGCUCUGAUGAGGACUGUGUGGCACUACUGCAUCAUCGCCAUGCCACUGAUGUUUGCCUUCAGCACACUGAACACCAUCACUGACAGCAUCCUCACCAAUGCUGUCCCUUCUUCCGACACAGGUACCAUGCUUGGGAUUUGUGCCUCCGUGCAACCCUUGACCCGGACAGUGGGCCCAACCAUUGGUGGAGUUUUAUACAAACAAUUUGGAGUCUCAUCCUUUGGCUAUUUACAAUUAUUUGUCAAUAUAGGUUUGUUUAUUUACCUCUUAAAGAGUAAAAUACCACUAAGAGAGGUAAAAAGCCAAUAAUUCAGUAGUAAGAAUGUAACUCACUUACAUUUUCCAUAAAAAUAAAGAUGUUCUUGGGUUUUAUUUUCGAUUCUAUAAACCCCGAAUAAAACCAUUUGAACAAUA